AUUCUUCCAUGUUUGAUCGAAGUAGGCACAUUUUGAGUCACAACCGUCAUGGCGUCACUAUUGAAAAUUACACGCUCUUUGCGUUUUGUACGAAAAUUUCACUGUAAACCUGAGGACACAUACCCUUUGGAUGCACCGAGACGGAACAUGCCCAAAGUGAGCAAACCGGCAGAGUACGAACUGCUGCCCGGAAUGUCGCCGAAAGUCUUCCGCGAGACGGAGUACGAUAAUCAACUUGGUCCCAUACCGAUGACGGGCGAUGCAGCGAAGAACUUUAGCUACAAAAAUCCGGAAUACUUCUCGUACCACAACUAUUCGUUUUACGACAUCGGGCGGGCGAUUGGGUGUGCCUACCGUGUGCAGCCGAGCGCACUGCCCCACCGCGCCAAGCGGUUCCGGUUGCCAUGGCAGAAGCAGCAGGCGGAGGAGGACUUGCUGUACGAUGCCGCAAUUCCGGUGACGCUCAGCUGUCUGUACUGCGAGAUGGAGGAAAAGUCAGCUCCAAAGCAGGAGGAAUUGAACAAAGCGGCGUCCUAGAGAAAAGAGGGGCUGCUUGCUGGUGGACCUUAAUGAGUUCAAUCUAACAAGAUUUUGCCAAGAACAGAAGAAGGUCAGAAACAAACUUGGUUGUGGUUGUUCUAUUGUAUUUGCUAUCACAACUUGAAGUAUGCAUGACACCGUUUUAUGCCAUGGGAACAGCUGACCACCAACGAAAUGUCACCUUCAAUGAAACCAUCGCUUUGUCGGCGACCCUUUCCGGAACAAGAUCAGUAACAAGACCUAAACCGCAUGAUGUUUGCUGUGUCUUGAAAAAUUUGCAUAACGCACUCGUAUUCCCACCCGGGAAAGUCCCACAUUUUGGCUACAAGAUAAAUAUUGCCAUACCGUGUAGGUGGUGGUGGUGGCUAUUGCGGGUGCUAAACAGCACUGAAGUGACGGAGGAAAAAGUGAAACCACUCUGGGGAGGGGAGCAAUUAACUACUCUAUUUGCCAGGUAGGUAGGUGAGAAUAAUUGGAAUCUAACAAAACGCUCGAUUCAUGGUGCUUUAGCAAGGGGUGCAGUGUACUGUCGGUACAAUGGGGCACAGGUGACUCAGGUGUCAUAUGUUUUAUGGAGGUCGAGGGACAAAUGGUGAUAAAAGUUACGCGUUGGACUACCACCGCCCCAAGCACA